AUCAUCAAAUUCCAGAGUGAUCAAAUAAAUAUGAGUCGUAGGGUUAGGGUUUCUGUAACUCUCCUCACAUUAUUGAUAAUAGCUGGCGAUCAAGCAUUUGCUCAAUCCAGUUGCACUGCAAAGAUGCGAGAGGUCGCCCUUGAAUGCGGGGAUUAUAUUGUAACCCCGGGGACGGAGGAUUCUCCGGCUGUUGAGUGUUGUGUCGCGGUGAACAAGGUUGGUGUGCCGUGCUUGUGUGACUAUGUCACAGAGGGCUGGGAAUAUUUGGUUCCGGUUGCACAGAAGUGUGGCAAGAGAUUUCAUCCAGGAUCAACCUGUGGAAGUGUCACCAUUCCAUCUGAAUGAAAAUGGGAGAGCCUGAAGUGAUGAAGUAGCUUUAUUGCUCGAAUAAUGUUGAUGAUGAACAAUAAGGAAGAUCCUGGGACCUUUCUUAAUUAUAUUGUACGCCUA